AUGAAUUGUCGUCGUCAAAUUGAAAUCACUUUUUGGCAAUUGUGUUUUCUAAUAUGUCUUUGUAUUCUUUGUGUCAUAACCGCAUUAUUCGGUUGGUUUCGUCCGAUCUAUACAAAUGAACAUCAGCGGCUCGCGCAUAGAGCUCCGAUUAGAAUAAACAACGUCACAGCAAAUGUAGAUAUACGUCGAUCAUUGUUAUCAUAUCUGAACGAUAUUGGCUCACCACCCAAGCUCAAUAAUCCACAAUCCUAUGUACAAUGGACAUUUCUUCAAAUGAAUGAUGUUUACGAACUGAUACCGCUCGGUGGUGGUAAGAAAGGUGGCUUAGCUCGUGUGGCAACUAUUCGAAAGUUACUCUUGCAAGAAAAUCCGAAUACAAUUACGGUUCUAUCCGGUGAUGUCGUUAGUCCGUCAGCUUUAGGUAAUAGUAUUGUUAAUGGAUCGAUGUUAAAUGGAAAGCAGAUGAUCGCUGCGUUCAAUACACUGGGUCUUGAUUAUGCUACACUAGGUAAUCAUGAAUUCGACUUGCGAGUGGAUUCCUUACGACGUCGUUUGAACGAAUCGAAGUUCGAAUGGAUAGCAUCGAAUGUCUACGAACGUAAUACAACUGUACCAUUUCAUAAUGUUUUACCAUAUAAAAUUAUUACAAUAUCGAAUGUGAAGAUUCUUCUAAUCGGUUUAACAAUUGAUGAUAAUAUGGGUCCAGUACAGACAGGACCUUAUGUAACGAUUACGCCACAACGGACGUUACCAGAGUUCACACAUCAAUAUAUAAAACAUCUUCGCGAAAAGUUAAGAUUAAAAUGGGAUGUACUGAUUUGUUUAACUCAUUUAAAUAUGCAAAAUGACAUAGAAGUUGUCGAAUCAAAUCUCGAUAUCGAUGUAGUCAUGGGCGGACAUGAGCAUGAGAAUUAUUAUUUAAAACGUGGAUCAAAGUAUACGCCAAUCUAUAAAGCAGAUGAUAAUGCAUUUACAGUUUUUAUCCAUCGAUUUGCGUAUCAACCAAAAACGAAACAACUAUUGAUCUUUUCGAAGUUAACACAAGUCUCACCACGAUUUCACGAUGAACCAGAAACAGCCAGAGUUGCAAACUAUUUCUAUGAAGCUGGUUUACAAGCAUAUCGCGAUGAUGGUUACGUCCCUGAGCGGGUCAUAUGUGUAUUACCAGAGGGCCUCAAUUUCGACGGUCGUUCGGCGGUGAUACGUUCUCAACAAACCCAUCUAACACGUGCAUUAUGCAAUGCAAUGAUAGACGUGGCAAAUACGACAAUAUGUGUUUUCAAUGCAGGUGCUAUUCGCCUGGACGAUCAAAUUAUGGGUACAAUAACUCAAUACGACAUCUUACGUUGUUUACCAUUUCCAACGAACAUUAUCUCGGUACGUGUGAAUGGUGUAACAUUGGUGAAGGCGUUGAAUCGUGGCUUGAUGAAUAUCAAUACGGGAAUGUUUAUAUCUUAUACCGGUUUAGAAUAUGAUGCUGUGUUAGAGAAAUGGUUUCUUCAUCCACAUCGUCAACCGCUUGAUGAUGAAAAUCUGAUUUUAACAAUUGCUACAAUACCUUAUUUUGUUCAGAAUACCGAAUUAAAACAUGCAUACGAUCAUGUCGCUACGUACAAAACCAUGACGCGUGCUUUUAUUGACUACUUGGAGAAGAUAUAUGUGAAAAAAAUACAUUCUCAUGCAUGA